UGUACGGUGGGGGGAGUUGGCAUAAUGUCACACUGAAGACUCAGCUCAACAUUCAGUGGACGACAGAGGCCCCAAGGAAGAGUCACGGUUGGCAGUGGAGUGUGAGACUAGAUGCCUCUUCUUCUCCUAUGGUUUCCCAUUAAAGAGUAGGUGCCACUGUUUCUCAGGAGCCAGAGCAGCAGGUGUAACAUCCUGCCAGCUUUACACCAUGUCUGUCCCAGAGUCACAAGAUAAGAAACUGCUCCUACGUGGCUCUGAGGGCAGAGGCACCAGCCAGCAGUACGGAACUCACCCGUCCUCAUCUCAACGCUCCAGAAGUCCACAACAUUUUGGCUCUGAUGGGAAUAUUUCACCUGUCAGCACCAGUCUCCGUUAUGAGCCACAGGAGUGCACUGAGACAGACUUUCUGCUUCCCAAACAUCUCUACGGCAGCUCAAGGUUCAGUGAAUCCACCAGAAUAAAGGAUGCAGGUGGCUCCAGUGCCCCUGCUGAGUCAGUCUGCUGUGUGGUGCUUCAGAUCCUGGUGCCAUUUCUGCUGGCUGGACUCGGGACUGUCUCUGCUGGGAUGCUCCUUGAAGUGGUUCAGAACUGGGACGUGUUUCAGGAAAUCACAGAGCUCUUCAUCCUGGUCCCUGCAGUAUUAGGCAUGAAGGGGAACCUGGAGAUGACUCUAGCCUCGAGACUCUCGACUGCUGUAAACACAGGAAAAUUGGAACCUGCCGAUGAAAAGUGGAUGUUGAUCGCUGGGAACUUGGCGCUUAAGCAGCUACAAGCCACAGUGCUCGGCCUGCUGGCCUCUUUGAUGGCGACUCUGUUGGGCUGGAUGGCAGAGGGAAAGAUGCCCUUACAGCACGUAAUGCUCCUGUGUUCAUCCAGCGUUUCUACCUCCUUCAUUGCUUCAUUGCUGCAAGGUAUUAUCAUGGUGGGAGUGAUCAUUGGGUCCAAGAGGUUCAGAAUCAACCCUGACAAUGUGGCCACACCCAUGGCUGCCAGCUUUGGGGAUCUCAUCACUCUUGCCUUGCUGGCCAGCUUCAGUUACUGGUUCUACUCCCUCAUAGAUCUGUAUCCCUACGUGUUGUACCUGGUGGAUAUGUUCUUUGUGUGCCUGAUUCCUGUCUGGAUAUUCAUCUCCCUCAAACAUCCAGCCAGUCGCAUCCUGCUCCGCACAGGCUGGGAACCAAUUAUCACAGCGAUGGUCAUCAGCAGUAUUGGAGGAGUUAUUCUGGACAAAGCUGUGACAGAUCCAAACCUGGCAGGAAUCAUAGUUUAUGCUCCAGUUAUAAAUGGUAUUGGAGGAAACCUCGUCUCCAUACAGGCCAGUCGCAUUUCUACUAAUUUGCAUUUGAAUUACCCACCCAGAGAGGUUCCUGAAGAUCGUAAAGGCUGCUUCAACCCCUGCCGCACUUUCUUUGGCUCAGGAGCGAACCAUCGAUCUGCUCAGAUUCUGCUUCUGUUGGUGAUCCCUGGUCAGCUCAUCUUCUUAUACACUAUUCACCUGAUGAAAGGAGCCAACACAUUGCCCAGUCCUCUCCUGACUGUCGUCUUCUUGGCUGCAUCUGUGAUUCAGGUCUUCACCCUGCUUUGUAUAGCCGACUGUAUGGUCCACUGUCUGUGGCGUAGGGGUAGAGACCCUGACAGUUACGCAAUACCCUACCUCACCGCCCUUGGAGACUUACUGGGGACCGCCCUCCUCUCUCUUGCCUUUGUGCUGCUGUGGUGCAUUGGAGACUCGGGCAGUGUGUAAGUUUGAAACAGGAAAAGACUUGAGGACUAACAAAGGAGUCUAGAUCUUAGCCAGCUCUACAGUUUCCUGGCUUACAAGAUGUUUACUAAUGCACGAGGAAAAAUAAGGUUGCAGUCAUUACAGGAUGGAGUAGGCAGUGUAAAGAAGGAACAUUUAUAACUUUGACUUAAAAGUGUUCAGAGUUGGGGCUUAUCUAACAUCAUCUGGGAGGUAUUCCGUUUGUGGUGCAUGAUAAGAAAACGCUGCUUCUCCAUGUUUUGUCGUGACACUUGGGAUGGUCUGUAGGCCGUCCCCAGGUGUCUUCAGGGUCCUAAAAGGUUCAUAUAUCUGUUCAUAUGAGAUAUAUUUGGGCGCUGAGACACAGAGUGAUUUUAUACACAAGCAGCACGAUUUUGAAAUCAAUUAGGUAACUAAAGCCCUCAAACAUCCCUUUUCAUCAAGGAAUUGUUACAGUAAGACCCUGACAUACUAGGGGUUGUAACAGUAUGAGAAUUUCACGGUACGAUAACUGUCUUGUCUCAGAAAAUAUCACGGUUUCAUGGUAUCGUGAUACUACAGAAUUUAUAUUAUUAUCAAUGAGAAUGACCUUUAAAAGAAUGAAAAUAGAAGAGUUACUUUACUAUAACUGAGACUUGAAACCAUUUUGUUAAUGGAAAUAUGUGUAAAAAGUCUCCCCUUUGAAAAUAACUAAAGUAAAGGGGAGAUUUUCCGUCUAGUAGCAUUUGGUUUUUCAUCAGUAUUUUCGCACACUCGGCCAAGUGUGACAUUGACGAGCAGAAGGAUUCAGCGCCUUGAGCUGAAAGUAAAGAAUAUUUAAAAUUUUAUGAACAUAUAAAAAUUGUUAUAAAAACACCAGUCAAGAGAGCAGCACACACCAGGUGCACUGUGCAACAGGAAGUCAAUGGUUCUGCUGGCGGUGCAUUUCUAGCAAUGUGUUUCGGUGUGAUUAGGGCCUAAGGUUAGCUUUGGUAGGCAUAGUUUCUUGUUUAGGACCCAAUAUCCAAUACAGUUCUCACAUAUAUAUAGCUGGGUGAAGAAUAACCUUAUUUUACACCAAUAAAAAACAUAUCCUUAUAUGGUCGUGCUCUAUAAGUUGUUAUUCACAAUAUAUUUGUGUCUGGUCAAGUAAUAUGCUAUUCAGCUGUUAAGUAUGUCCUGAGUGAUCAUGUUUUCAUUUUGGUAUUGUAUUUCUGUGUUAUUGUCUUACAGGAGGCAGACAUUAAACACUGUGCGAGUUAUAUUUUAUAUUAUAUUCCAAAAACACAUCAGACAUUAUAAAAAAAUAAAUGAUAAACCUUGAUCAUGAAAUGACUAUGUAUAUUUCUCACACCGUGGCACUUAGUCUGAUAACGGAGAUGGCUUUGUCAUGAAAGUGUAAAGGCGCUGACACACCAAGCUGACGGUUAACCAUUGUUCAAUGUUGAGCUGGUGCUGAGCAUCUGUUGCUCUAGUCUUUGGGGUGUGUCCUGCACAACUGGUCCUUGUCUGCCCUUGCUGGCAUUUUUUUCAGCCAAUACAGUAUGUUAAACUGACAUUGGAGAUGGUGGAGCUUGUCUGUGAAUGGAAUUACUUUGAUUGGCAGUGCAGCUCAGUGCACAAGAAGGGGAAACAGAAGUGAGGAAAGUAAACAAAGAGCUAAAGUCAAGAUGAGUGAGACCAAAACGAAUUUGUUCCAGAAGAUAAGACUAUAUUUCUUUAGCCAUUGAGCUCUUUAGCAGAAACAUUUUGUGACGGUUUGUGUUACUGUUCAUUGGCAUACAGUAAAUAUGCUCUGUUCUUCCAACAUUGGAUCGUGUAGUUAAUGUGCUAACUGGCUAACUAGCAUCAUGAUGUGCUUCCAUUUUCCCUCUUUGAAUGAGGAUUACAGAUGACUGCCUUCUGUUGGCGUGAGGAGUUAUUUCCUCUCAGGCAGGCACAGAACGUACGCAAUUGUUGGCCACUGGGUGUAGUCUUUGCAGUGUGUUCAAAUGCAAAUUUUUUGGCAGCGACACAGGCGACGUGAGGCGAUACAACAGUGGGCUUUUGUCAUGUGGAAGAUUGAACUGAAGUAUACUGAAAUGGAGCAUACUGUAAUUGAACUGGUGGUAAACUGCGUAGGAGGGUAAAGGUCACCGUAUCAGUGUCAUCCACCAUGGGGAAAAGAGCUACACAGCACACUGGGAAUAGCCCGCAUGUUAUGGCAGUGUCUCACGCAUGUGGGUUAUGUUUCACGUAGGUUUACUGGUCAGACAUGAUAUAUCCUGAUGAAGCAAAAAUCUAUGUCUGAAGCUGGGUCAGAUGGCUCCAGACCUCACCCUCAAUGCCUUUGGUUGAACUCGCCUUUACUCAGAUUGUAUCUUAAAGGAUGGUACUCAGAAAAUCACUGGAGACAUAUAGGGCUCUAGUUUCCCGGCGCAGCGCAGGUGGCGCAGGGUGGUGAACCCCGCGCAGAGCUAGUUUCGAGCAGCACAACCAGAGGCGCGCUCAGUUUGGUAGUUUGGCAGACCGAGGUGCGCUGAGAUGGUUGUGGCGGCGCAGCAGGGGGAGGUGUCGACAGAUCCAGCUUGGCGCAGUGACAGUUUCGUGCCAAAAGACUUCGCCGAAGGUGCGCUAAAAGCUCUCCAGCUGAAACCAGGUCUACUGUCAGUGCAGGGGGAGCGCAGCCGGUGUAAGCCAAAGUUUGGCUGACCGGCGGACAGUGGGCACACGUCACCAAAACCUCACAGGCAGGUUUCCAGAAUAUCAGGCACAUUAACAAUGCAAUAAAUACCCACAAAACCACUAUUCAAUGCAACUAUCUGCAAUCAGCACAUAAAUGUAUCUCUAUAUCGACUGUCUGGUCACAUCUGAUGUCAGAUCAAAGGGGAUUGGCACCGUUUGGCACGUUUGGCAUGCGUAAUGGAAACUGAACCUGAUUUGAUUAACACAGCCUGCAAACUAAUGAGUUCACAUCCCUCUCAGCCAACCACAAACAGCCACAGCAUCAGAUAGGGAGUUUAAAUUCAGCAUCUGUCAUCUUAGAAAAGUCAAAAGAAAAGAAACAGAGUGAGACUGCGAGGAGAGGGGCUCAUUUGAUUGGUGUGAUGUGUGUAAAACCCACUCCACGCCUUCUCUCCUCCCUCUUUCCAACUUGCGCCGGUAGGAGGGACGGAGGUGGGAAAGAGGAGUAGCUGCGCCAGCCCGCACGGUGUGCCAAACUUACAAAAUCCGCCUGGCCACACCCAGUUGGCGAAGCACAGGUGCGCUGCGCCCCCGCUGUGCCCGGUCUGCGAAACUAGAGCCCUUAGAAUCAGAUACAACCGAGUUCGAUGUGUUCACAAGCAACAACACAACUCAUGAGUCAAGCUCCGGAACAAGACUGAAAACUCACUCUCUGCGCUCUCCCCUUUAUGCAGGUCGAGCAGGGCCGGACUGGGAUAAUUUUUCAGGCAGGGAGUCAUACAUUUAACCAGGCCACCCAGCCCACACACGCACGUUCACGCACACACAUACAUGCACGCGCACACACACAUAGUAGUACAUGUUGGCUGAGGCAAAACAAAUAUGCACCCCAAUAUAGGCAUAAUAGUCACUACAACAUUCACUUCAGUGUCACAGCGACACUCCGUAUGAAUCCAAUAGUCACAGCAUUAUUCCAUUUCACAUAUGGGUAUUCACCAUAUAACUAAUCACCAGCAGUCCAGUCCGGGGUUUUUCCCACAUGCCACUGAAACUUCUCACCAAAAUUUGCCCCUCAAUACAACAGUCACAACAUGACUCUUGAAAUAAUGCUACGGUGAUAUGCUCAAGUGAAAAACAUGAUUGUAUUAUUUUGUCAGCAAACCAUUUAGAUGCCAGCUUAUAUUGCCAGUCAAUAUAAUAAGCCAAUACCAUAUUCAAUGCAACAGUGAAUAGUAAAAAUAUAGGCCAACAGCAACUUCAGCUUAUGUGAAUUAUUUCAAUAACAUCAGUCAUUGCCAAAGUCCAGUCAACUUAGACAGAUAAGAGACGUAUCCUACCUUAACAGGGCUUCCAACAUUUUUCAGGUCAUGACCCAUCUGUGGAGGUAUAGACCCACCAAAUAUUUUGAAGUAAAAUAUGAAAUACAUUGUCAUUACCAUGUAAAAGAGGUAAAUAAUUAACACUCCUCUAUGUAUAUUGGCACCCUAAAGUAAAGUGAGACAUCAAAAUGAGUAGGUAAUGAGUACUGAAUCAUUACCUACCCGUUUUGUGUAAGGUACACAAAAAUUACAGUAGUUACUGAGGAACCAAUGAGUAGGUGAUGAUUCAGUACACAAAAAGGGUAGGUAAUGAUUAAGUAAUAGUUCCUCAUUAGUUCCUCAGUAACUACUCCUCUGAAAUUUGAUCAGGAGUUACUGAAGAACUGACCAUUAACUAAUAGUUAGUUCCUCAUUCAUUCCAAAUUUGUUUCAUAGUAACUACUCUAAAUUUUGUGCACCUCAAACAACUGUACUGUGAACUCGAGCCCUGCGCGGGACUGUUUUCUUCAACCCGCUGCCGCUGAAUUUCGGACCAUUACCGCCUGCAACCGCAACGUGUGUGUUACACUCCCGCCCGAUCCCGCAAAACUCUGAGAAUUUAUGCCCGCACAAUAAUAGAGAUGCAUUGAUUUUGUGUCUUCUCCUGUCCCGCAGGAGAAAACACGUCAUUUUAUAGGCUAUUAAUAAAGAGAUUCACGGGGUUGUUUGUUUCGUUUCCCUGGUCUGCAUGUCUUUUGACGCACUGGUCAGGAAUAGCGCUCCUAUUUCGUUGUUUUCAUUUAGUUUUUAAUGAAAUAAAGGCUGUUUCAUAUUCUAUUCUCCUCCUCUGUAUUUUAUUUAUUUUUCUACCUUUAUAUAAUCACGCAGUGACUGAAGUUAAUUAAUCUUUAUUAUGCAACAUAGGUUCACAGUGGGUUAUAAAGAGCGUGCAGACGUAAGUAAUCGUCACACCUAAUGACAGCUCGUCGCCGGUGAAACACAAUAAACUGCACGUCUUCUUUCAUGUUUGUCUCAUGACAGAUGGAGCUCACAGACAGACAGACAGGUGGAGCAAGUGGCAAAUUGGUAUGAAAGCUGGUUCAGGGCAUAUUUGUCCAUUUAUGAAUAAAUAUACAGUGGAAAUGCUUAUGCAUGUGCACCAAGAUUGCGCAGUGUUUUUUUUUAGCCGCCAGUUCCCGCCCGCAGCAAAGUUCAAACCGGCGUUCCCGCAAUAUUUGCGUUGGGUCCUGCGGGACCCGGCGGGACCCAGUCUCAGUGCAGCCCUCUACUGUGAACAACGGUGUGAACAGUAUACAGUACUUUACACGCAGCCCCCAUGAUAAAUUCUUUAAGCUUAGCCUACCUAAAAUGUGACACACUAUCAUAUUUAUUUCUAAGGCAUCAUCGUACAGAAUAACAUGGAUGGUCAUAUUAAUGUGUAUGUGGUCUGAAAAUAAUGAAUAAAACUCUUCUCAAGAAGCCUGCUGUCUGUGAUUUUUUUUUUUUUGUUGAAGAACUAUGUUAGAAUGAAGUGACCUAGGCAUGGCAUGCGUCAUGUUUGUAUUAAUUUUAUUGAUUGAUAGCCAGCACAUCUGGAUCUGGUUUGGACAGAGACCCAAGGUAUUGGUGCUGCUGGAUCAUGUGAUUUUCUUUAGGGAUGCCACAGAUUAGUUACAUAUGGGUGCCCCAAAUAAUCACAUUCGCAACUGUAUUUCAAGACUCUAUUUUGGAAUACUGAAUUGCAGUAUGAUAAUCAUUUCGUGAUUGCACUGACGAGACAUGAUGUGGUGGUUUAGCAAAUGCCACAGCUUUGAGAUUCAAAGCGUUGAGUGCAGAAGUCGCUCUCAUUCGGAAGUAUGCAAUUGAAAAUCGGUUGGCAUUAGAUAUGGUUACAGCAGCUCAGGGAGGAGUAUGUACUAUAAUUGGAGAGAGCUGCUGUACUUAUUUGCCGUCAGAAGCAGAAGGAUUAGGAAAGCUGUUAGUGGCUAUAUAGAAUCUUAGAGAUAUACAGGAGAGGGUUGUGAGUACAAAUAGGGAAGCUCAUGCUUUAGGAGGUAAUUAUGGGGAAUUUAAAGGCAUGGAGUGGAUAACACAAGCGUUUAAGAGGAAUUCAUUGCUUGCAUGGAUAGUCAGUGUUUGUGGGCCACUUUUAAUAAUUUUCUUUAUUGUGAUUUUUGUGUUAGGCUGUUGUUUUCCCAUUCUGAGAGCAUUAAUCCUCAGAUCUGUGACUAACAUUUCCAUGGUUCAAAACCCUGUCAACCAUGUACAGGUACUCAUUAAAAGAAGGCCAAGGUGCGAGAGCACCUCAUCUUUUUCGAAUUUUUCAUCUUCAUCGGAGGAUGAUGAGGGAAUGACGCAACAGGUGGAUUAGGAAAAGGAAGGAGAAACAGCAAAAUCACCUGAAUACUGUUAUUCUUUAUGCAUGUUUUAUUGUUUCAAUGUAAUGUUUAACAUACUUGUAUCCUUCAUUUUAGCAUUACAUGUUUUUGCAGUGGUUGCUCCAAUUGAUUGACGGGAGGAAAAAGUAAAAGGGGGACCGUGGGGGAAUUUUCCCAUAAGGGAUAUUUUGGAUGUGUGGGUUUUUCGCUUCCACUAGCAUUGAGUUUGUUUGUGUUAUUUUCUUUGUCAUAUAUGUAUUCAUGUUUUAAUCAAAUAUAUUCUUAGUUUUUAGUGUGUUUAAUGCUGUGUUUAAAAAAAGGGAGGGUUGUUAGGAUGAAGUGACCUAGGCAUGGCAUAUGUCAUCUUUGUAUUAAUUUUAUUGAUUGAUAGCCAGCACAUCUGGAUCUGGCGAAGGCGAAGGAACUUAAUGACUUC